AUGCAGGGCUCUAGCAGGUGCUUGGACGCUUUCAUUGUCGCCCUCAACGAAACCUGCCACGAGGGAAAAUGCAUUACGUCGACCACGGCGCUCCAGCUCGCGUCGCUGCAGUUCUGCGUGGCUUGUCGAAGUGCAUCGCCCGUUCGCCUAAGGAUCGACACGGACACACCUAGAUAUUUGUGGGCCAAGGAUUCUGGACCUCAAGCUCGACGCAGCGCGAUGAUUCGCCGUGCGUCUCGCGUGCCGGCCCUGCACACGAGUGAGAACGUGGCGUGGCCUUCAUCGCUCCUCCAGCUGUCCUGUGGCUAUGAGUUCAACCAGCCAGUUGACAACGUCACUUGGCCAAAGUCUCUGAUGCAGUUGACCUUCGGCAACUGGUUUAACCGACCGCUUUCUUUGGUAAACUGGCCGGCAUCUCUGCAGCAGGUAGCACUCGGCGACCACUUCGACCAACCGCUCCAUGGUGUUUCGUGGCCGCCAGAUCUGCGCGUCUUGAGCUUCGGUAUCUUGUUUAUCCAGAGAAUCGACGCUGUGGCGUGGCCAACCUCUCUCCAGGAAUUAGCCUUCGGGUGGUCAUUCAAUCAUUCGGUUGACGUGGCAAAGUGGCCAGCUAUAUUGCAGAACCUCUCCUUCGGCGGUGGUUUCAACAAGGGGCUCGACAGAAUGGUAUGGCCGGCUUCGCUCCAGAGCUCGUCACCGGCAGCAGCUUCGACCACCUUUGGCCAACACUUCGACCAGGCACGCAACAGGGUAAAAGUGGCCGUCAUCGCUACAACAGCUCACCCUAGGGGGGAACUUCAAUCAAGGUCUCCUCGCGGUGGCAAUCAAGGUCUCCUCGCGGUGGUAUGGCCCGUGGCCCUGAAGAAGUUGGUUCUAGGCGGUCGCUUCAACCAACCCAUCGCUGGCGUUCGGUGGCCGCCUUUUCUGCAGUUCCACAUUCCAAACCACGCGCGAUAG